AUGGAUCAACAUGGCUUAGAGUUUAAAAAUUUAAACCUGAAGCAUCUUUUACUCACAGUCAAAAUGAAAAACAUGGUGAAAGUGAAUCCCUAUGGAACGCAAGGGACGUGUUGGGAUGAAAAGGGCAAUACUGAUAUUGUGCAAAUUCUGAUUUCACAUGGUUCUUCUGAGGUCAAUUCAAUCCAAUUUGUAUAUGUUGUAGAUGAGAAAGUGGUUUCUUCAGAAAUGUAUGGAAAACCCUUUGGUUUAAAAUUCGAUACUGUGACAUUUAAUUACCCUGACGAGUAUUUGGUUUGGGUAAGUGGUCGUAAUCAGAAUGAAUUGGCUUCGAUUGCAUUUGGCUUUGGCACCAACAAACGUAAGUUUGGUCCCUUUGGAAUGCUCGAUUCAACGAUCCACAGAGAGGACGCAAUUCUUAAUAAAACAAGAUUAAAUCAAGGAUUCCUGAUUGUGAUAAAUGUUAAGAGUUACACAGAUUUUUCAUGCAUGGAUAUAGAUGCCAUUGAUAUUAUCUGA